CCUGCCAUAAGAAUGGUCGAGACCACUACUGCAAAGACCAAGGCCAAAUCGCCCUCGCCUGAGCGUACUUCAACUUCUGUCACAGAAACCAAUGGCAAAUCCACAAACGCAAACACCUCUGAGUCCCUUGUCGCUGUUCCCGGCGAAUCAUCGUCCUCGACUGAAUCCGAGGCGGUCAAUAUGGAAAUCUUCGAGCAAAUUCUGGAGUUGGACGACGAGGACUCACACGAGUUUUCGAAGGAGAUGGUGACAGCCUAUUUCUCGCAGGCGUCGUCCACAUUCAAGAAUAUGGACAAAGCCUUAGCAGCGAAGGACCUUCCCGAACUCUCAUCACUCGGACAUUUUCUGAAGGGCUCGUCUGCCGCGUUGGGAAUUAGUCGAGUCCAGAACGCAUGCGAGAAGAUGCAACACUACGGCAACCUCCGAGACGACGAUGGGGUCGCCGCUAUUGAUAAGGCGGAGGCGCUUUCGCGGAUGCAAGUGUUACUUCCCGAGACCAAGUCAGAAUACGCGGAGGCGGAGCGGUGGUUGAAGAAAUUCUACAAAGAGAAGAAGGCCCCGUUUGAUGACGACGGUGGAGACCCACCCCCAACUGCUGCCACCGCUUCGUAA